AUGACUCUCUUCAAUGCAAAUUGGCGCCAAGCUGGCGUUCUUUUCAUCGCGCUGCUGAAUCUUUCCAGCCAUGUCCAGGGUGCCCCUACCCCAGGAGAAGGCCUCGGAAACUUCCUCGGCGCAAUCGGCACCACCUAUCUCAAACCACUAUUUGGCGAGGAAUCAGUGAUUUGUCCCGUAGACGAUGGAUCCUGCCAUGGCUUCUCCCACGAAAGCGACAAGACUGGAAAGAAAGCGCAAUACGCCUAUUACGACGGAUCGCCAGACGACGGUGAGAUCCUGGACAUUGAUAUUGCGGUUAUGAAAUGCAUGAUCGACCUCCAUUCCAAGCAGGAUACGUACUGCAUUUCAACAGCGGGGACCCCGUGUGAGUAUGGGGGUGGAAUCAUGGCUACGAGGACUAGUGCGAUUGUCGGUGACCGAACAUUCCCGCAAGAUUCAGCGGACAUCAUGAUGGAGACGGUGGAGGGUUUCAAGGGCGUCAAGCUGGACUACAGCAAGACUUUCCAAGUCCAGCAGGUCAGCGAGAUCAAUGAUAGUGCGGAGCCUUACGGCCUCGUUUUCCUCGGCCACAUGGGGACGGAUUGCUAA